AUCUGCCAUUUAUCAACCAUUCCCGCAGCUGCAGGAAAACCAAAAAAAAAAAUAAAUUAAUUAAAUUAAAAUAAACUUAGCCAGUUUCCAACUCAAACACAAUGACCCCUUUACCGGUAAACUAGGAAGAACAAACAUCACGACGAAAAGGGCAUCUAAACAAAUUUCUGAAGUAUGCCAAUAAAUUACAAAUUAUGAAAUCCAAAACACUUUUUCACAUCUACGGUGAACUUUUUCUUAUCAUUUUUUGCUGAUUGCACCGUUGCUUGAAGCUUAAAGCGGUUAUUCACGAUUCACAAUGUUUGAAGCGCAUGUCCUACAUUUGCUUAAAAGAUAUCUGGGUGAAUAUGUCCAUGGGCUCUCCUUAGAGGCUCUAAGAGUUAGUGUGUGGAAAGGUGAUGUGGUUCUGAAAGAUCUGAAGUUGAAAGCAGAGGCUUUAAAUUCCCUUAAGCUUCCUCUAACGGUGAAAGCUGGUUUCAUUGGGACUAUAACCUUGAAGGUUCCUUGGAAAAGCCUUGGUAAAGAACCAGUGAUUGUUCUCAUUGACCGUGUUUUUAUUCUUGCUUACCCGGCACCUGAUGGAAGAACCCUUAAGGAAGAGGAUCAAGAGAGACUAUUUCAAGAUAAACUUCAUCAAAUUGAGGAAUCCGAGGCAGCAACUCUUGAAGCAAUGUCUAGAUCAAAGCUUGGAAGUCAUGCUGCAGGAAAUUCUUGGCUUGGGUCUCUUAUAGCCACCAUCAUUGGAAAUCUCAAAAUCACAAUUAGCAAUGUUCAUAUUAGAUAUGAGGAUACUGUAAGUAAUUAUGGACAUCCUUUUGCUUGUGGUGUUACUUUGGCGAAGCUUGCUGCUGUCACAAUGGAUGAGCAAGGAAAUGAAACGUUUGAUACAAGUGGCGCGCUUGACAAAUUGCGGAAGUCCUUGCAGCUAGAAAGACUUGCUAUUUAUCAUGAUUCCGACAAACCUCCUUGGCAGAUUGAUGAAAAUUGGCAAGAUCUUGGACCAAACAAGUGGAUUGAGAUUUUUGAAGACGGCAUCAAUGAACUAGCAUCUAAAGUUGCAUCGUGGGCUUUGAAUCGCACAUAUUUAGUCGCACCUAUAAAUGGAGUGCUUAGAUACCAUCGGCUUGGUAGUCAAGAAAGGAACAAUCCAGAGGUUCCUUUUGAGAAAGCAUCACUUUUCUUAAACGAUGUAUCAUUAACAAUAACAGAGGCACAAUAUUAUGAUUGGAUUAAACUUUUUGAGGUCAUUUCAAGGUAUAGAAUGCAUGUAGAAAUUUCACAUUUGAGGCCUGCUGUGCCAAUCUCAAAUGGACCUCAUUUAUGGUGGCAUUAUGCCAUGCAAGCCACUUUGCAGCAGAAAAGAAUGUGCUAUAGCUUUUCAUGGGAACGAAUCCAGCAUCUUUGCCAACUGCGUCGUCGUUACAUUCAUGUAUAUGCUAAUUUGUUGCAACAAUUGCCUAAUGUUGAUAAAGGAGAGUUGCGACAAAUUGAGAAGGAUCUUGAUUCAAAAGUGAUUCUUCUAUGGAGGUUACUUGCUCAUGCAAAGGUUGAGUCUGCAAAGUCGAAAGAAGCUGCUGUGCAAAAGCAGCUUGAAAAGAGAAGUUGGUUUUCCUUCAACUGGCGCUCUUCCCCUGGAGAUGACAUUGUUUCAGACGAUUUAAAUUUACCAGAGUUGUCACAAGAGAAAUUGACGAAAGAUGAGUGGAAAGCAAUUAACAAUCUUCUAAGUUAUCAGCCAGAUGGAGAACUUGCUUUGUAUUCAGGGAAAGAUGCACAUAACAUGAUACACUUUCUUGUAGAUGUAUCCAUUGGUCAGGCUGCUGCAAAAAUCAUUGAUAUACAUGGUACGGAAGUUCUUUGUGGUAGAUUCGUGCAACUUAAUGUGUCAACCAAGUUCAAGCAACGGAGCACCUGUUGUGAUUUAUCGUUGAAAUUUUAUGGGUUGUAUGCGCCUGAAGGAUCCCUAGCGCAGAGUGUUUCCAGUGAACAAAAAGAGAAUGCAUUGGUAGGUAGUUUUGUGCGGUCCCCAGUGGGGGAAAGUGUGGAUUGGAAGCUUUCGGCCACUAUGUGUCCUUGCCAUGUCACGAUAUUGAUGGGAAGUUAUGAACGUUUUAUGGAGUUUAUUAAGAGGAGUAAUGCAGUUAGUCCUACUGUUGCUAUGGAGACUGCCACAGCAUUACAGAUGAAGUUUGAGAAGGUAACACGUAAAGCUCAAGAGCAAUUUCAAAUGGUUUUGGAGGAACAAUGCAGGUUUGCUCUUGAUGUUGAUUUUGAUGCUCCGAAAGUUAGAGUCCCUAUUCGAACACAAGAUUCUUCCAAUAUUGAUAGUUAUUUUUUGCUCGAUUUUGGUCAUUUUACCCUGACAACCAAGGAAGGUGAUCAUGAUGAAGAUCAGUCAUUAUACUCUCGCUUCUACAUCACAGGGAGAGAUAUUGCUGCUUUCUUUACAGACUCUGGAUCAGAAAACCAUGAUUGCUCAUCAUUUGCUCCUCCAGGGGAUUGCGAUCCCUCUGGAACUCCUGUAGAAAGCAUCAACAACAUCUCUUCUUUGGUUGAUAGGUGUGGCAUGGCAGUAAUUGUUGACCAGAUAAAGGUUGCUCAUCCAAAUUUCCCAUCUACUCGUAUUUCGGUCCAAGUGCCAAAUUUGGGGAUCCAUAUGUCACCUGCUAGGUACUGCAGGCUUAUGGAAUUGCUAAAUAUAUUCUAUAAUACAUUGCAAAGUGAUGGACGGCCAGUAGAUGAGAUCAUCCAACCUGAACUUGUUCCUUGGAAUCCAGCAGAUAUGUCAACAGAAGCGAGAAUCUUGGUUUGGAAGGGAAUUGGUAAUUCUGUUGCAGCAUGGCAACCUUCUUAUAUUGUUCUAUCAGGAUUUUAUCUUUAUGUUCUUGAGUCUGAAAGGGCACUCGGCUAUCAACGCUGCACCAGUAUGGCCGGGAAGCAAGUGGUUGAGGUUUCUCCGGCUAGUAUUGGUGGUUCACUUUUUUCUGUUGCCGUUUGUCUUAGAGGCAUGGAUAUCCAGAAAGCUCUAGAAUCCACUAAUUCUUUGAUCAUAGAGUUCAAAAAUGAGGAUGACAAAUAUAUAUGGCUGAAAGGGCUUGUAAAGGCUACAUAUCAAGCAUCUGCUCCAUUAUUGGAUGGUCUCCUGGGCGAUACUAAUUACAGUGCAGGGGCUACAGUUGAUGCCCAGAAUGCUAAUUUUAGGACUGCUGAUCUUGUUAUUAAUGGAACUUUGACGGAGACAAAUUUGUUUAUCUAUGGCAAGAGUGGAGAAGAUGAUCAAGAGAAGCAUGAGGAGACCCUUGUAGAGCUUAUUGCUGGAGGAGGAAAGAUACAUGUUAUCCGUUCUGAAGGGAACUUAACCAUGAAGAUGAAGCUUCAUUCUUUGAGAAUUAAGGAUAAGUUACAAGGUUGUUUUGCUUCACAUUCACAGUAUCUGGCAUUUUCAGUUGUGGCAAAUGAUCAUAUACUUUCCUCACCUAAAUCAGUCGAUCUGCAAUCUAACCGAUCUCUCUCAUUAAUCACGGAAGAAGAAGAUAUUUUCAGAGAUGCUUUGCCAGAGUUCACUCCAACCCCACAUAGCUUGGAAAAUUCUGAUGCUGAUGCUGAUUCAUUGCUUUCUAACCAUGAUGUCGGGAAAGGAAAAGGAUCCUCAUCUGAAAUAUUUUACGAGGCUCUUGGAAGUGACAAUUCCGAAUUCGUCUCAGUUACAUUUAUGAGCAAAGAUCCUAGCUCUCCUGAGUAUGAGGGCAUCGACACACAGAUGGAUAUUUGUAUGUCCAAGCUGGAAUUCUUUUGUAACAGGCCAACAAUAGUUUCUUUGAUUCAAUUUGGUCUGGAUAUGAGCUCUGUCAACUUAAAAGGUAGCAGUGUAGUUGCAACAAUGUCUUCGGAGGACUUGCAAACAAAAAGAAGACCGAAAAAUCAUGAUGAUGGUGAUGUUUUUGUCAAGGGUUUGUUGGGUUAUGGUAAAGGACGAGUAGUGUUUAAGUUGAGCAUGAAUGUGGAUAGUGUUACUGUGUUUCUAAAUCAGGAGGAUGGCACUCAAUUCGCUAUGUUCAUUCAAGAAAGUUUUGUUUUGGAUCUCAGGGUUCAUCCAUGUUCUAUAUCUAUCGAGGGCACACUGGGGAACUUCAGACUUCGUGAUAUGUCUCUUGAUUCAGAGCACUGUUGGAAUUGGCUUUGUGACAUUCGAAAUCCCAGUGCUGAAUCACUUAUCAAGUUUGCAUUCAAAUCUUACAGUGUAGAAGAUGAUGACUAUGAAGGAUAUGAUUACAGCCUUACUGGACAUUUGUCUGCUGUUCGCUUGGUUUUUCUCUACAGGUUUAUUCAAGAGAUAACAGUUUACUUCAUGGAACUUGCACCCCCCCAUAAAGAAGAAGUCAUUAAGUUGGCUGAUAAAGUUGGUGGUUUUGAAUGGAUGAUUCAGAAAUAUGAGAUUGAUGGAGCAACAGCUGUUAAGCUCGACCUUUCACUCGAGACUCCUAUUAUAAUAAUACCCAAGAAUACUACAAGCAAAGAAUUUAUGCAGCUGGACUUGGGUCAGUUACACAUUAGAAAUGAAUUCAGCUGGCAUGGAUGUCCAGACAGUGAUCCAUCUGCUGUCCACCUUGAUGUUCUCACUACGGAGAUCUUAGGGAUUAACCUAUUUGUGGGAAUUGAUGGCUGCCUUGGAAGACCAAUGAUGCGUGAAUGUGAGGGACUUGUGAUUUGCGUCCGUCGUAGUCUGAGAGAUGUUUUCAAGAAGGUUCCAACACACUCUGUAGAAGUUCAGGUGGAUUCAUUGCAUGGGGUCAUGUCAGACAAAGAUUAUAAUGUCAUUUUAAACUGUGCUUAUACCAAUCUAAACGAGGAGCCAAGACUUCCUCCGAGUUUCCGUGCUACCAAAUCUGAUUCACAGGAUACAAUGAAAAUGCUGGUUGAUAGGGUCAAUGCAAAUAGUCAAAAAAUUCUAUCACGUACAGUAUCCAUUUUUUCUGUUGAAAUUAAUUAUGCUCUACUAGAAUUGUGCAAUGGGAUCCAUGAGGAGUCAACCUUGGCGCAUAUCAGUUUGGAAGGUCUUUGGGUGUCAUACAGAAUGACUUCUUUGUCUGAAGCGGACCUCUAUGUCACUAUUCCCAAAUUCUCUAUUCUAGAUGUCCGACCUGAUGCCAAACCUGAAAUGCGCCUAAUGCUUGGAUCAUCUGAUGUCUGUAGACAGACUUCUGUUUUUGGAAGUGCACCCUCUUCCUUCAGUGGUGAUUUUAUGAGAACAAGAUCAAGAGUUUCUUCAGACAUUGAUAUGCCGACAUCAACAAUGUUUCUGUUAGACUAUAGAUGGAGAGCAACAUCUCAAUCAUCGGUAGUGCGUGUACAGCAACCAAAAGUUCUGGUCGUGCCAGAUUUCCUUAUUGAUGUUGCAAUUUUUUUUGUUUCAUCUUUAGGAAUUAUUACUGGAAGGGAGGAAUUGAUGGAUCCAAAAAAUGAUCCUAUCCGUAAGAAUCACAGCAUAGUACUUCAUUCUGCUGUUUAUAGGCAGCAAGAGGAGGUUAUUCAACUAUCCCCUACUCAGCAAUUGAUAGCCGAUUCUCCAGGCAUUGAUGACUAUUUAUAUGAUGGCUGUGGGAGGACUAUAUGUUUGAAAGAAGACACUGAUCUGAUGGAAAGUCAGGUUUCAAGUUUUCAGCCUAUAGUUAUUAUUGGUCGUGGAAAGCGAUUGCGGUUUGUGAAUGUGAAAAUUGAGAAUGGGUCCCUCUUGAGGAAGUAUACAUAUUUGAGCAAUGACAGCAGCUAUUCAGCAUCUCCAGAGGAUGGUGUGGACAUAAAAUUCCUCGACUGUAAUAUGUCAGAUGAAAGUAACAUUCAAGAUAUCAUGGAUGAAUCAUUUCAUAUAACAGACUCUUCUUGUCGAGAUGAUGAAUCUAAGUCUAUCCAAAGCUUUACAUUUGAGGCUCAGGUUGUUUCUCCUGAACUGACUUUCUACGAUGGGACUAAAUCAUCUCUUGAUGAUUCUCCGUAUAGUGAAAAACUUGUCAGAGCGAAAUUUGAUCUAAGUUUUAUGUAUGCAUCACAGGAAGAUGGUACAUGGAUUCGUGCACUUCUAAAAGAUUUAACUCUUGAGGCUGGAUCAGGACUUGUCGUUCUUAGUCCAGUGGAUGUUUCAGGAGGCUAUACCUCUGUGAAAGACAAAACGAAUAUGUCUCUCUCAUCCACCGAUAUAAACUUACAACUUUCACUCAGUGUCAUAUCUCUCUUACUUAACCUCCAAAAUCAGGUAACUGAUGCACUGCAGUUUGGAGACACUAAUCCUCUGGCACCCUGUACUAAUUUCGAACGUCUUUGGGUAUCACCUAAAGAAAAUGGACCACAGUGCAACCUCACGUUUUGGAGACCUCGCGCUCCUUCAAAUUAUGUCAUUCUAGGUGAUUGUGUCACAUCAAGGUCUAUUCCUCCUUCACAGGCAAUGAUGGCAGUGUGCAAUACUUAUGGACGUGUAAGGAAACCAUUGGGUUUCAAAUUGAUUGGAUUACUUUCUGAAAUUUUAGAAAUCGAUUGCAUUGAAGGUGCUGUCAAUGCCAAAAAUGAAUGUUCUAUAUGGUUUCCAGUUGCACCUCCAGGAUACAUAGCCGUUGGUUGUGUAGCUAAUCUAGGAAACCAACCACCACCAAAUCACGUUGUUUACUGCAUUCGAGCUGAUCUUGUAACAUCUACAGCAUUUUCAGAAAAUUUGUUUAAUAUUGCAUCCAAUCUUCAUUUUCCAUCUGGUUUUAGCAUUUGGCGUUUAGAUAACAUUCUUGGUUCUUUUUAUUCCCAUCCUUCUGUUGACUGCCCUCCUAAAGACAUCUGCAGCGACCUAAUUCCUUGUCUCAAAUGGAGGGCAUACCAGCAUCGGCCUUCAUCCUCAAAACCUGUCUCAAAGCUCUCCCAUGAUGAUGAACCUGAAGCCUCUCAGGGAAGCAAGGAAAAUUGGAGCUCUAGUGGGUGGGAUGUCCUGAGACAUCGAGUAUCACAUAGAUGUUUUAUGUCUGUCCCAAAUUUUGAAAGGAUCUGGUGGGACAAAGGUGGAGAAUUUCGACGGGCAGUGUCAAUUUGGAGGCCUAUACCUCGUCCUGGUUAUGCCAUUUUGGGUGAUUGCAUAACAGAUGGGUUAGAGCCUCCUACUCUUGGCAUAAUCUUCUUGGCUGAUAAUCCAGCAAUCUCUGCAAAGCCUUUGAAAUUCACAAAGGUUGCUCAUAUAUAUGGGAAAGGUUUGGAUGAAGCCUUUUUCUGGUACCCAAUUGCUCCCCCAGGCUAUGCAGCUAUGGGAUGCAUUGUCACUAGAGCAGAAGAGCCACCAAGAGCUGAAUCAUUUUGUUGUCCUAGAAUAGACCUUGUUAGCUCAGCCAGUAUAAUUGAGGUCCCUGUUUCUAGAUCUCCGACUUUAAAAGCGUCGCAGUGCUGGAGCAUAUGGAAAGUUGAUAAUCAGGCUUCUACAUUUCUUGCACGUUCUGAUCUGAAAAAGCCGUCGAGUCGUUUGGCACUCUCUAUUGGAGAUUCCGUUAAGCCAAAAACACGGGAAAAUGUGACAUCUGAGAUGAAGCUGGGGUGUUUAUCCGUUACUAUUCUAGACAGCUUGGGUGGAAUGAUGACACCAUUGUUUGACGUGACACUCACCAAUAUUAAGCUUGUAUCCCAUGGCCGAUUCGAAGUAAUGAGUUUAGUUCUUAUAUGUUCAAUGGCUGCAUCAGCAUUCAAUACACAGUUAGAAGCUUGGGAACCCCUUGUGGAGCCAUUUGAUGGAAUUUUCAAGUUUGAUACUUCUGAUACCAGUACUCGUCAAACACCAGGACUUGGAAAAACAUUGCGCAUCGCAGCAACUACUAUCUUAAAUCUUAAUGUCAGUGCUGCAAAUCUUGAUACUUUUGCCGAGGCUGUUGUUUCUUGGCGUAGGCAGAGAGAAAUCGAGCAAAAAGCUGUGAAACUCAAUGAGGAGGCUGUUCUUCAUCAGAGAGGCAAAAAUGAUUCAACUCUUUCUGCAUUGGAUCAAGAUGAUUUCCAGACCAUUGUCGUAGAAAAUAAGCUUGGUUGUGACAUUUAUAUCAAGAAACUUGAGCAAAACUCCAAUAUGGUUGAAAUAUUACACAAUCUUAGUUCUACUGCUGUGUGGCUUCCCCCACCUAGGUUUUCAGAUCGAUUAAAUGUCACAGAAAAAAAUGGGGAUGCACGUUACUAUGUUGCUGUCAGACUAGUAGAAGCAAAGGAUAUACCCAUUGUUGAUGAUGGCAAUAGCCACAAUUUCUUCUGUGCUCUGCGGCUUGUGGUUGACAACCCACCAACUGAUCAACAGAAGUUUUUCCCUCAAAGUGCACGAACAAAAUGUGUUAGACCAUUGAUAGUGAAAGCUCAGGGAGCUGAUGUGGGCACUGCCAAAUGGGAUGAACUAUUUAUUUUUGAAAUUCCGCAAAAGGGUACUGCUAAACUGGAAGUGGAGGUUACAAACCUUGCUGCCAAAUCUGGAAAAGGUGAAGUGGUUGGAUCAUCAUCCUUUCCUGUUGGACAUGGAAUGAUUGCUCUUACAAAAAUAGCAUCAUCAAGGAUGUUGCAUCAGUCACGGGCUUUUAAAAAUGUAGCUUCACAUCCAUUGAGAAGAAGGGAUCAAGAAGAAAACAACCAAAAUAUUACCAUUGGUUCUCUGCUGGUUUCAACUUCUUAUUUCGAGCGAAAACUAGUUGUGGAUCUGCAGGAUACAGUUAAUGAAAAUGUUGGUAACUCUGAUGUGGGUUUCUGGAUAGCGCUUCAGCCUGAUGGUCCAUGGGAGAGCUCCCGGUCUUUCCUUCCACUUUCAGUUUCUCCGAAAUGUUUGGGAGACAAUCUUAUUGCUAUGGAAGUCAUUACAAAAAAUGGGAAAAAGCAUGCCAUUUUUAGAGGUCUCGGCACUAUUGUAAAUGAGACCAAUGUAAAAUUAGAAUUGUCUAUGUCUCCUUUAUCCAUGAUUGAUACAAGAACAGGUAAUACUCGUCAUGGAAUGGAGAAUAUGGUGACUUUAGACCCUGGAUCAAAUUAUAUUUUACCUUGGAAAUGCAUAUCCAGGGAUUCCGAGGAUUGCCUGCGCGUUCGUCCUCACUUUGACAUGUCUGGUUCAUCGUACUCUUGGGGCCAUACUGCUACUCUAGGCUUGCCCUUUAUAGGUGGAAGGGAGCAAUAUCCUUCAGAACAGGGUCUGUUUUCUAGGCAAAGUACCAUUAAACCCGGAAACACUAUGAGUUUUGCAACAUUCAAGCUGAAUGAACUUGAGAAGAAAGACGAUCUUUUAUGUUGCACGACCAGCAUGCAUAAUCAACAGUUUUGGUUUAGUAUUGGUACAGAUGCAUCGGUUUAUCAUACAGAGUUGAAUGCACCUGUGUAUGAUUGGAAAAUUUCAAUAAACUCUCCACUUAAGUUAGAGAAUCGUCUUCCUUGUCCUACUGAAUUCACAAUCUGGCAGAAGACGAAAGAUGGGAAAAACAUAGGGCUACAGCAGGGUAAACUUUUGUCCAGGAAAAGUGCACAUGUACAUGCUGCGGAUCCCAGGGAACCCAUUUAUCUUUCCAUGUUUGUUCAAGGUGGUUGGAUUAUGGAGAAGGACUUUGUUGUCAUCUUUGAUCUCUCCUCUAAUGAACUUGUAUCCUCAUUUUGGAUGGUUCAUCAACACUCUAAAAGGAGGCUACGAGUGAGCAUUGAACGCGACUUGGGAGGCUCCAUUGCUGCACCCAAGAUCAUCAGAUUGUUUGUCCCUUACUGGAUUGUGAAUGAUUCUUCUCUAUCUCUGGCAUAUCGGGUUGUAGAGAUCGAGCCUCUUGAUAGCAGUGAGAGUAGCGUUCUUAAAUCUGCAAAAAGUCCUGUGCCAAGGAAAAAUGUACAAGUCUUGGAUGUGAUUGAGGAUACUAGUCCCACACCCAGCAUGCUUUCACCACAAGAUUACGUUGGGCGUGGCGGUGUUCAUCUCUUCACUUCACGUAAUGAUACAUACUUGUCACCUAAAGUCGGGAUUGCUGUAGCUACAUCUGAUUCACAAAUUUUCAAUCCUGGCAUUUCACUUGUUGAGCUUGAAAAAAAGGGUAGGGUUGAUGUUAAGGCCUUCAGCUCAGAUGGAUCUUACUAUAAGCUUUCAGCACAGCUCAACAUGACUUCAGAUAGGACAAAGGUCAUUCGUUUUCAGCCACGCACAAUUUUCAUAAAUCGAGUUGGUUUGAGUGUGUAUAUUCAGCAGUGCAGUGCUACAUUUAUGGAGCACAUUUUCCCCACAGAUCCUCCAAAAGCCAUCCGGUGGCACUCUUCAUCAAAGGCUGGAAUGUUGAAGCUGCGGGUGGAUGGAUAUAAAUGGAGCACUCCAUUUAGUGUUGACAAUGAAGGAAUGAUGUGCACUGUGCUGGAAAGUGAUUCUGGUGGCAGUGGGAUGAUUAUUAGGGUGGCUGUGAGAAGUGGUACUGGAAAUUCACGUUAUGAAGUUAUUUUUCGUCCAAAUUCUCUGUCAAGUCCGUACAGGAUUGAGAAUCGUUCUAUGUUUCUUCCCAUUCACUUCCGCCAAGUCGACGGAGCGAGUGAUUCGUGGAGGUACCUUCCACCAAAUGCAGCUGCUUCUUAUUUGUGGGAAGAUGUUGGAAGGAAGUGUUUGUUGGAGCUAUUCGCAGAUGGAUCCGAUCCCCAAAGAGCAGUAAAAUACAACAUUGAUGAGGUAUUUGAUCACCAGCCCAUGAGUGUUGGAGGUGGACCAGGUAGAGCUGUACGUGUGACCAUUGUUAAGGAGGAGAAAAUGAAUAUAGUUAAAAUUAGUGAUUGGAUGCCCCAAGAUGAACCUCUACCAGGUGUGCAAAAAAAAGUUCCAUCAUUUGUGUCACCUCUUCCUAGUACUGAGCCUGAUUAUGAAUGUACUCCAUCAACCUCGAGCACCGAAUUUCAUUUCAUUGUUGAUCUUUCGGAGCUUGGCUUGUCUGUUAUAGACCAUACACCCGAAGAAAUACUUUAUUUGUCGGUACAGAAUCUUCUGCUAUCACAUUCUACAGGAUUGGGCUCUGGAACUAGCAGAUUCAAACUGAAAAUGCGUGGACUUCAAGUAGAUAAUCAGCUUCCAUUGACUCCCAUGCCAGUUCUAUUUAGACCACAGAGAGUCAAAGAGGAGAUUGAUUAUUUCUUGAAAUUCUCGGUGACUUCGCAAUCAAAUGGGUCACUAGAUCUGUGUGUCUAUCCAUAUAUAGGAUUCCAUGGACCUGACAACUCAACUUUUUUAAUAAAUGUUCAUGAGCCAAUCAUAUGGCGGCUUCAUGAGAUGAUUCAACAGAUUAACCUCAAUAGGUUCUAUGCCGCAGAAACAAAUGCAGUUUCCAUUGAUCCAAUUAUACAAAUUGGAGUUCUGGACAUCUCAGAAGUACGGCUGAAAGUGUCAAUGGUUAUGUCUCCAACUCAGCGACCUAAAGGUGUGCUUGGUUUCUGGGCAUCGUUGAUGACAGCGUUGGGGAAUAUGGAAAAUAUGCCAGUGAGGAUACACCAGAGGUUUGUGGAGAAUGUAUCUAUGCGACAAAGUGCUGUUAUCAGUAAUGCUACAACAAAUGUACAGAAAGAUCUACUUAGUCAACCUCUUCAACUGCUUUCUGGCGUUGAUAUACUUGGAAAUGCAAGCAGUGCACUAGGACACAUGAGUCGAGGUGUUGCGGCUUUAUCAAUGGAUAAGAAAUUUAUGCAGAGCCGACAAAGACAGGAUAAAGUGGGAGACCUUGGGGAUGUUAUCAGAGAGGGAGGUGGAGCACUAGCCAAAGGCUUAUUCAGAGGUGUCACCGGAAUCUUAACAAAACCCCUUGAGGGUGCUAAAUCGACAGGUGUUGAGGGUUUUGUUCAAGGUGUUGGGAAAGGAAUAAUAGGUGCAGCUGCACAACCAGUAAGUGGUGUUCUAGACCUAUUGUCAAAAACUACCGAGGGUGCUAAUGCAAUGAGAAUGAAGAUCCAAGCUGCUCUCACUUCUGAAGAACAACUUCUACGGAGGAGAAUGCCGCGUGUAAUUAGUGGUGAUAACCUGCUUCGACCUUAUGAUGAAUACAAAGCACAAGGACAGGUCAUACUGCAGCUGGCAGAGUCAGGAUCUUUUCUUGGCCAGGUUGAUCUGUUCAAAGUGCGCGGAAAAUUUGCUUUAUCAGAUGCCUAUGAAGAUCAUUUUAUGCUUCCUAAAGGAAGAGUGUUAAUAGUAACACAUCGUCGAGUUGUACUUUUACAACAACCCUUGAAUAUUAUUCUUCAAAGAAAGUUCAGUGCCGCCAAAGAUCCAUGUUCAAUUUUGUGGGAUGUACUAUGGGAUGAUCUGGUAACUAUGGAGGUGACUCAUGGAAAGAAAGACCAAUCUAAUGCACCACCUUCACGUGUCGUCCUUUAUCUACAAAGCAAGUCUAUAGAGACCAAGGAUCAAUUCCGUAUCGUCAAAUGCAACCCUGAUUCUAACCAGGCUUUCAAGGUUUAUACUGCAAUUGAGCAAGCAAUGAGCACCUAUGGACCUAACCAAUCAAAGGGACUCCUCAAUAAGGUUACAAGACCAUAUUCCCCUUUGGCUGAUCACGCAGAUGGAGAUUCAGUGAAUAAAGAAGGGAUCAGUAUGUGGUCUCCAGGGCAGUUUCCAGCAUCAGUUCCUACAAGGUCAUUAUUCGGCAGCAGCCCUAGCUAAGAAAUUUGAACUGCCAACGCGCUCUUCCAAUCUGCAAAACAGCUCCUCAUCAUUAUGUUUUAUCAUGUUCGAAUUCUCGUAUCAUGGGAAGCUUUGUACAUACACAUGUUAUUAAGAAGGCGUAGAAGAGAUACUGCGGAAGAGAGUGAAUUCAUCCUAGUUUUAAGUUGCCCGACUUCUCGAGAGAAGUGGAAUAUGGACCCGUUCCUGAAACAAUAAGGCUUGUACAUAAUAUUAGAGUUCAUUAUAUGUACAUGAGCUGCUAUAGGUUAUUUGAACUCUACAGCUUUUAACUUGAUCCGUAGUAUAUACAUUUAUGUAAAUUUACUUGCUAUAACAAUGAGAUACUGUAAUUAGCAACAAUCCCAUUUUUCAUGGCUGGGAAAUUGGAAAGAAAUCAUUUUUUUCUUUUAUA